UGUCUGCAAUCGUAAAUGUCAUAGCAUUUUUGAGCUCAUUAUUAUACCAGAAUGGCAGAAAAUAGAGAAGAAAUUUUAGCAAACUUCCAGGGAAUAACAGCAAUAGAAGAUGUUGCAGAGGCGAUAUAUCACUUGGACGAAGCAAACUGGGACUUACUUUCAGCCAUCAACAGAGUGAUGCCACAGGACGGCAGCCGGCCCGCGCGAGGCGACAACAAUGACGUGGACGUCGAAAUGAUCGACGACGACAUAUCUGUGAUAACCCCAAAAACACGCCCACCCGAUCGAGAAGACAGUAGCCAAGCUUCAACCUCGUCUCCUAGAAAUAGUUACACUAGUUUGGUAGAGCUGCAAGUACACUAUAACAAUAAAAUGCAUGACAUCAAAAUGUCCGGAGCAGCCACAGUCAAUGAUUUAAAGAAGCGGUUAGAAUCAGUAUGCGGAGUCCCAGUCUGCCGGCAACAGAUCUCCGGGCUGGGUGGAUCCCGGGCGACUUCAAGUGCUGCACUAGGAGGGCUCGGCUUGCAGCCAAAUACUGUUUUGCGGCUCAAACAGGCUGAUGAACUCAUGCCGGAUGAUGAAGUGGCGGAACGUCUGACGAACACGUACGUGUUGCACGUGACGCACGAGGACGUCGGCAAGGAUUACACGCUCAAGUACCCCGGCACCAAGACGGUGCAGGAAGUCAAGAACGACAUAUUUUCGCUCACUGACAUUCCUGUCAGACACCAGGUGUGGACGGGAUGGCCGGUGGUGACGGGGCUGGAUGACACUGUUCUAGCCAUGGUGGGGCUCGAUAUGCCUCAGCAUGAGCUAGCUGUAAAGCGCGGACCCACCAAGGAGUAUAAACGGAUAGUAGUAGAGAGUUCCGACAGUGAAAACAGUUCCGUGGAAGAAAUAGAAGACAGUGUUGAAGGGUUCACGUGCGAAGACGACAUGUUUGUCGACCUUGUACACUCGGAAAGACUACGUCCGCUCAUGUCAGAACACGUAGAGGAUGAGGCGCUAGGCUGUAUCGAGUUCGCUGAACGAUUCCGCGCUCGCUACGGGCCCAACACGCCGCACUUCUUCGAGGGAACUCUUCAAGACGCCAUCAAGGAGUCCUGUCUUCAACCAGCUCGGGAGCGAAAACUCUUAGGCGUAUAUCUGCACCACGAGCAAUCCGUACUGGCCAACGUGUUCUGCGCUCAACUGCUCGGCUGCGAGACCGUUCUGCACACGCUCAACCACAACUUCGUACUCUACGGCUGGGAUCUAACAGACCCCGACAACAACAACAUGUUACUGAACUCCGUGGCGAACGCCUUAGGCCCUGUCGCCAGCAUGACGAUCCGCAGCAUCCCCGUGGAAAGAUUACCGGCGCUGGUCAUUAUCAUGCGAGUGCGGUCCAACACAGAAAUCUACUCUGUAAUCAAUGGCAACGUGGGCGUCUCCGAGCUAGUAGGCGGCCUAGUAGAAGCGUUGGAGCGAUUCGCGGCCCAACGCGACGAAGACGCGAGAUUAGAAAGAGAACGCGACGCUCGCCAGCAGGUGAAGCUAGAGCAGGACGAAGCAUACCAAGCCAGUCUCGAGGCCGACAGAGCUAAAGAACAAAUGAAAAAGCAACAAGAAUUAGAAAGAAAUCAGGAAUUAGAAAGGGCAGAGUCUGAAAGACAAAUGGAAGAAGCGAAAAAAGAGGCGGACCGCGCGAGCGCACUGGCCCGAGUGCCUGCAGAGCCGGCCGAAGGCGCCGCCGACGUCACAAGAAUUAGGAUCAAACUGCCGCCCCCACACGACAGCUGUCUCGAGCGUCGCUUCAACGGAGAAGACGCGCUUUCGGCAUUAUUUGACUUCCUCGCAUCAAAAGGUUUUCCAAAAGAAAGCUACAAAGUGAUCUCUAGCUGGCCUAGGAGAGACUUAACAAUGGAAUCUCACAGCAGUACACUAAAGGCGAUGAAACUGUUCCCGCAGGAGACGCUCAUGCUCGAGGAACGGUGAAGACACACACACACAAUAUACAUACAGUACCAAAAGCACACACGCGCAACUUUGUACUUCCAAGGGCAGCGUAUAAAGAAACCUCUGCAAUGUGAUUUUAAUCUCUAUAAAACAGGCAUAUUUUUCAAUUAGGGUUUUCUGAAUCGUUUUUAACGUCAGGCGGCGACAAUGAUGCGACUGAGGCCCCACUGGGGUCAGAUCUCUGACAGCUUCAAAAUCCACCAAUCAAAUAAUGUUGAUUUAAUAUUUUUGGAUUUUGAAGUUUGCUGUCGGAAAGUCCUGGCGUCUCAUAGAUCAGCUCGUGAGCAGAUUGGAUAGAAUCAGCUCGUGAUUCUGAGAAUAAUCCAAACACGUCCAGGCAGGCAAGCAUGGUCGCGCGAUAAAUGAUAAAACAUCAGGCCGUCCCUAUCGCACUAUUUGUAAGUGCGAUAGGGACGGCCAGAUCUGGUGAAAUUCGAUAUUCGGGUUUUUUUUAACACUUAGUAAAAUUUGUGAGCCUCACUUUUUUAUUAUUAUCAUAAAUGGGCUUACUCUUGGCCACAGACUAGCCAAAGGCAAAGACGUGGUCUACGAUGGAGUGAGCUCGCCCAAAAAAUGCCUGUUCACCCUAGAUUUGAAAAACUUUACUGUCAAGUAAAAAAGGAUUCUUUUCAUAACUAAUAAUUUCAACAAUGAUUAUUCUCAUAUUAUCAUUUUCUACUGCUAGUGAAUCAUUGCUAGCAUUGCGGUGACUGAUUUGAUUUCAAGAUUAUAAUACGCAAUUAGAUUUUGACAUGACGUUCUAAAAUAGUUAAGUACUUUAUAAAUCGGUAUUUUAUCUAAUUGACGCUUAAGAUCAGAUAUAUUUAUUUUCUAGUUGUUUUGCAAAACACGAGUUAUAAAUGUACCUAUGAGAGAAAAAUGAUUAUUGGUUUAAUCAUUAUCCUAUCAAUGAGGUGAAGACUUAGUGCGUUUUCACAUUAUUCGAUCCGAUAUCGGAUGUCGGACCGAUAUCCCAUACAUUACAGGCGCCAUGUUGGCGCCUCAUUUUCGCGUCAUUUAA